UGAACGUAGUGUUGUUGACGAUCAGCUGGGCGGCGGCGGAAAGCAAGAUGGAUUUAAAAGUUUUCCUGUUAUUUCUGCUGUGAUGGCGCUCCCUGCUGCCUCCCGAAGAGUAAUAGGGUUUUAAGGCGCGACAGAUGGAUCACAGAGACGGCCCCAGCACCCCAUUCUCCCCGCCAGCAGGAUGGGGAGAGCAGACCCCCCUCAAGUCAUUCUCCCUCAUGCAGGCCCCCAGACGCCGCGGGGCAACCCUUAUAGUUCCCGAGAGUCCAACCAAUACCCCGACCUUUACCGUGCCGACCCCAGAGGUGACAGAGGUGAUGGAGACGCCAGAUGGACUAGAGGAGACGUGUGGGGGUGCUGGGGAUGUGAUACUGGGGGCUAUGGGCAGUGUGGGGAAGCCUGGGGUCGGCACUGGGGCUCUAAUAACAACAAAGCCACGGAAACCGAAGAGUCAAGGUCUGUUUAAACUACGCCGGCAAAGUCUCGUGUCGCUCCUGGAGUCGGAGUUCGCGCAGAAGCCACAGGAGUUGGAAGGGAGCUCCGACACCGCUGGUGAGACUUCGGAAUGCAACAUUAUGACCCCAAGACGCAAGCAACAGUGGUCUAGGGUACAUUCAGCCUUAGGGACGGACGGGAAGGGACAUCGGAGCAGGUCUCUGGCUAAUGUCAUUCUCCCUUUCGACCUGAAUGAUGAGGAGUGUCUGGCGGCCAAGCUCGGCAAUAUCCAGCAUAAGGAAGAGCGGAAAGGCGGAAAAACAACGCCCACGCACUCAAGACGGAGGACCUCAGCCACGCCCACUAGCACAGACAGCCCUGGAGCGACCACACGAUGUCCGAGGAUGACGAGGACUACCCGACAUCACAGCUCUGGGGUUCGGCGAGGACAUAGACCCUUACCAGUAACCCCAAACACAGCAUCAUCAUCAUCAUCAAGCAGGCAAGAUGGAGCCCGUAGCCCUGUCACACCAAAGGUACUUAACAAUGGAACGAUUUAUUUCACGAACGAAGAUCUUUUAAUGACCCCAGUGAACCAUGGGCGGGUGCUCGGCCCUCGGGAAGAUGGGAAAGACAACCACACACCCUCAUGUCACACCCCAAGGAGAGCGAUGGGGGAUGCGACACACCACGCCCAUAUCCUUACAAGCCCGAAACCUCAUCCUGCAAGACCUGACCUGACCCCACAGCACUCGGACCUGCCCAAGGACUUGCCGCUAGACAUUAGGAAAAAGUUAAAGAUGGUGAAGAGUCCGUUGCUACUCGUAAAGAAGUUUGACGCAACGACGACGCAGCGACUGACGGAGAUAUUGACUGGAGGAUUGCCGGGGAGGAAGAGAACGGAGACGAGGGAACAGGAGGGAGGAGAAGGGGACGGUCACUCUUCCAUCCUUCUCUCCACCCCCACGAGGAAGCCAGCUGUAGGAGGGAGGGUCGCUGUGGGCGCUGUGUCACCCUGCAAGGACCCCAGCGCUGUGUUGAAGGGUGUGGUGGCCUAUGUGGAGGUGCGGGUGGAGAGGGACAACCGCUCAGCCGUCAUCCGGGAGCAGCUCAAGGCUCUGGGGGCGCAGGUUGACAUCCGGCUCACCCGUAACACCACCCACGUCAUAUUCCGGGAGGGUUCCAUGAGUGUGUUCCUGCGUGCCCGAGAGCGUGGGCUGCACAUCCUCUCGUCCUUAUGGGUGGAGGCAUGUCGGGUGUCGCAGAGCCACGCCCCGGAAGGCCUCUACCCAAGCACCUCAAUGGAGACCUAUUCCUCGGGCCUACACAUCACCAAGAAGAAGAGGCCGAAGUCGAUGCAGCCGAGGGACUUCAGCGACGAGGCGGGCAUGCGGGGUGCAGCGGAGAAGCUGCCUCCCGGGUUCUGUACGCCGAGACACAGGGUCGUCAAGAAGGACAUCAACUCCCCCCUGUUCGGCAUUGGUCACCUGCUCUCCCCGCGCUAUAAGGUCAACGGCAACUCGACCUGUGAGGAGGAAGAGGAGGAGGAGGAGGAGGAGUCAGAAUCAGAGGACAUAUGUACCCCACUUGCCCAGAGGUUGUACAGAAGGUACAUGUCGGGGCAGAAGGGUGGCAGGAGGAUAGCAGAGGAGAAGGAGGAGGAGGAGGAAGAAGGAGAAGGACCAGGAAGAAGAGAAAAGGAGGAGGAGGAAGAAGGAGAAGGACCAGGAAGAAGAGAAAAGGAGGAGGAGGAAGAAGGAGAAGGACCAGGAAGAAGAGAAAAGGAGGAGGAGGAAGAAGGAGAAGGACCAGGAAGAAGAGAAAAGGAGGAGGAGGAGGCUAGGAGAACAGACAAGGAAGAGAGAGAGAACGAGAAAGAGACAAGUUGUGAUGCUGUUAGUCAUAGAAAGCGGAACGAAGACGACUUCCACAUCUCAGACGACGGAAGCAUCAAACUCCACCUCGACGGAAGCGACUCAUCCUCCCAGAGGCCGAGCGUGGAGGUGGUGAAUGAGGGCGAGUCAGCCACCUUACAGCACCAGCGACUCGCCUCCACCACGAGUCAUGAGUCACGGCCGAGGAAGGAGGAGGACCCAGCGGAGAGCGAUGAGUCUAAGUCGUCGCCGAGUCUGGAGUUGAACGUUGAGUCAAUAUUGAUGAGACUCGGGACAGAGGGUCAGGAGGGUGAGUCGGAGAAGGGGGACUCACCUAAACGACUCAUCACUGCUCGGAACAACACCAGAGUCACCACCACCACCACCACCACCACCACAACACCAGGAAAGAGAAAAAGAGAAAGAAGAGGAAGAGGAGAAGGAGAACCACAUAUACAACCACUCCACAUGCAACCACAUCCCUCCACCACCACCAACAACAACUCCACCACACCAGUGAAGAGAAAAAGAGAAAGAGGAAGUGGAGAAGGAGAACCACAUAUACAACCACUCCACAUGCAACCACAUACCACCACCACCACCACCAACUCCACCACACCAAUGAAGAGAAAAAGAGAAAGAGAAGAUCCACAACCACAUCCAUCCACCUCCUCCACAUCCUCCUCCAUAGACAUCCCCUUGAGAAGACAGUCCCUAAGGCUCGCAUCCAGACCCCAAGACAGCCCUGGGGACAUACUACGAGGUCUAGGGUCGCAAAACUCCCCUCCAGAAGACCGAGUGCAGAAAAGACGAAAGUACGACAACUCUCCUGAAUGUAAAACUGCUGUGGGACGUAACGAAACACAUCCAGAGAGCGGAACAAGAACGGAAGAAGCAGGAAUGUCAAGCGGCAGCAGUAGCAGAUUGAGGGAGGAUACAGGGGAAGCAGGAGGAUCAAGCAGUACCAGAGAAGAAGUUAGCAGUGUAAACUCUUGGGGUAUCAGCGACAGGAAGCAGAAGACCUCACCGGCAAGAAUGGAAGCAGGACGGAAAGCAGGAAUAUCAAGCAGUAGCAGGGAGGUUAGCCGUGUAAACUCUUGGGGUAUGAGCAAAGGGAAGCAGAAGACCUCACCGACAGGAAUGGAAGCAGGAUGGAAAGCAGGAAUAUCAAGCAGUAGCAGGGAGGUUAGCAGUGUAAACUCUUGGGAUAUGAGCAAAGGGAAGCAGAAGACCUCACCGACAGAGGAAGUGAAGGGAAGGGAGGUUGAGAUCCCAGCAUCCCAGCGUGACUUCCCUCUCCUCUCGCAAGGCUUCGGGACACAGCGCGGGCGACGUCGUCUCAUGUGCCUUGACGAGGAUGUUACGCCGUCCCAAGACCUCAUACAACCAUCCACGCCGAACCCCAAGGACCGACGCAACGGCCCGUACACCGACAUCCUCCACCCUCCACCCAAAAAGGCAAGAACGAGAUGCCACAACCGAGAACUCUUCACCCAAACAACCUCACCGAAUGCACAAACGGAGUCACAGAGAGGCGAACCGUCGAGUCGAGUCAGGUCAGGUGAAUCCGAGGGCCAGGUCGUGACGUCAACGGUAGGGGAGGAUAACGUGUUUGUGGAACCGCGACUCGAGCUUCUGCCGAGGCCACGGAGAUCGACAGAGGAGUUCAAGAUGGGGUGUGCAGGCCGCCCCGUGCCGAAGAAGGGUGCGCGGAGGAACGGCCAGCGUCGGGUGUCUGGGCCGUCAUCCUUCCUCUGCCUUACUAGUCUGCAUUCAAGUGACAAGCGCACCGUCAUCCCCAUCAUCCGCAAGCUGGGGCGGUUCAAGGUGGGUGAGGGCGUGGACCAUCGGACGUCCCAUGUGGUGUGUGGGGAGGAGCGACGCACUCUAAAUCUCCUCCUCGCCAUCGCGCGUGGCUGCUGGGUGGUGGAUGUGUCGUGGGUCUACCGAUCGCUGGAGGGCCGUGAAUGGGCGCCUGAGGAACCCUUUGAGCUGGGUACCUUUGCCCCUGCUGCUAAGGUGUGUCGGAAGCAGCGGCAGGCCCAGGGCAGCUCGUAUCGGCACACCCUCUUCUCUGGGGUGGGUAGGGUGUGUGUCCUGGACGGCUGCACCCCACCCUCGGCCCAGCUUAAGGAGUUGCUGGAGCUGUGUGGCGCCUCCUUGGUCUCCAGAGUGCGCAGUGCCAGGGUCGUCAUCGGCAGCGGUCCCAUGUCACCCGGCACCCGACACAAAACCACACACAGCAGCCUGGUCACCCACGUCUCUGAAAAGUGGGUGUUGGACUCCAUACAGCACCAUAGGAUACACCCGCUGCAGGACUACCUUGUUAGCUGACCCCCCGAGUGACCUAGCCUGACCUGACCUGACCUGGUAACUUAUUCAUGGCCUGAUUUGACAUUUGGGAGCACCAAUAAAAUAAAAUAAAUGAUGUUGACCUUGACCUAGCCUGACCUGACCUGACCUAGUAACUUAUUCAUGCCCUGAUUUGACAUUUGGGAGCAUUAAUAAAAAAAUGAUGUUGACCUUGACCUGACCUAGUAACUUCUUCAUGCCCCGUUUUUGACAUUUGGGAGCACUAAUAAAAAAAAUGAUGUUGGCCUUGACCUCCCCUGAGUGACCUACCUUGACCUGAUUUGUUUUGGGAGCACUGUAAUUAAAAGAAAAUAAUGUUGACCUUUAUACAACAUCACCUUUUUAUCUACCACUACUUUUUUAGCUGACCUCCCCUGAGUGACCUAGCCCGACCUAACAUGCCCUGACCUAACUUGACCUUUGGGAACAUCGUAAUAAAAGAAAAUGAUGUUGACCUUUGUACAGCAUCACCUUGUCACUACCCUUGUUAGCUGACCUUCCCUGAGUGACCUAGCCUGACAUAACUUGACCUUUGGGAGCAUUGUAAUAAAAUAAAUGAUGUUGACCUCUAUACAGCAUCACCUUGUCACUACCUUGUUAGCUGACCUCCCAAGUGACCUAACCUGACCUGACCUAACUUAUUCAUGCCCUGAUGUUGACCUCUAUAUAUAGCACAAUAGGAUACACCCACUGCAGGACUACCUUGUUAGCUGACCUCUGCUAUGACCUAACUUCCUGAUCUACUGACCCAAAGUGACCUGACCUCUUAACCUGGUGAUUAACUAAUGACCUGGCUUGAACCUAUGGCCUAUUUAUGAUUUACUGAUGGCUUGACCUGACCUAUUGACGUCUCAGAUUAUUUGUUAUUAUUAGAUACACACUGACGAUGGAUGUAUGUAGUUUCAAUGACCUGACCUGACCUGACCUGAUUCCUAAGCCCAGUGACCUCCUGUGGCAAUUCCCAUGACCUCUCUGACCUCUGGCAAUAAAGUACAAUGAGUGACACAUCCAACCCAUUUGUUCAUUAGGUUAAGUUUGUUUUCUUAUAAUUUAAAUUUUGCCUUAUUAAAACAACUUGUAAGACAUGUAAGAUAAUAGCCUGACUUUCUUCUCUCUUACUUUGGGGAAUAUAGAACAAGUAGCAACAUUCACCCACCCAAUAUGUUCAUUAGGUUAAGUUUGUUUUCUUAUAAUUUAAAACUUGCCUUAUUAAAACAACUUGUAAGACUUGUAAGAUAACAGCCUGACACCUAUCCACCUCAUUUGUUCAUUAGGUUAAGUUUGUUUUCUUAUAAUUUAAAUCUUGCCUUAUCAGAAUGACUUGUAAGACUUGUAAGAUAACAGCCUGACACCUAUCCACCUCAUUUGUUCAUUAGGUUAAGUUUGUUUUCUUAUAAUUUAAAUCUUGCCUUAUCAAAAUGACUUGUAAGACUUGUAAGAUAACAGCCUGACUUUCUUAUCUCUUACUUGGGCAAUACAGUAUGAUUACCAACACUCACCCACCCCAUAUGUUCAUUAGGUUAAGUGUAUCUUUUUAUAAUUUAAAUCUUGCCUUAUCAAAAUGACUUGUAAGACUUGUAAGAUAACAGCCAGACUUUCUAAUCUCUUACCUUGGGCAAUAUAGUAUGAUUACCAACACUCACCCACCCCAUAUGUUCAUUAGGUUAAGUGUAUCUUCUUAUAAUUUCAUUCCUGCCUCAUCAAAAUGACUUGUAAGACUUGUAAGAUAGCAGCCUGACUUUCUUAUCUUUUACUUGGGCGAUAUAGUAUGAUUACAACACUGACUCACCCCAUAUGUUCCUUAGGUCAUCAUUUUUUACUCUAAUUUAACUCAUGCCUUAUUAAACAGCCUUGUAAGAUAACGCCCUGAUUUUUCUGACCUCCGGCAAUGUAGUAUAAUAGGUGAUACAUGCCCACCCUAUUAUGUUCAUUAGGUUAAAUAUAUAUGUUCUUACCCUAACUUAACCCAGUAGCAGCAGGGAUCAUGAUUCUUAAUGGUCCCUCUAAGCAAGAAAAAUGAGAAAAAAAUCACCCCUCACACAAACCAUUUCAUAAUAUAUAUCAAAGCAUUUGUGAUCAGUUUAUGUAUCAUCUAUUUUGGGGGGUUAAAAUCAUGGCACAAAUUUGGCCCGUUGCUGCUACACGGUAAAGCCACAAAUUUGGCCCGUUGCUGCUACACGGUAAAGCCACAAAUUUGGCCCGUUGCUGCUUCACGGUAAAGCCACAAAUUUGGCCCGUUGCUGCUUCACGGUAAAGCCACAAAUUUGGCCCGUUGCUGCUACACGGUAAAGCCACAAAUUUGGCCCGUUGCUGCUACACGGUAAAGCCACAAAUUUGGCCCGUUGCUGCUUCACGGUAAAGCCACAAAUUUGGCCCGUCGUUGCUACACGGUAAAGCCACAAAUUUGGCCCGUUGCUGCUACACGGUAAAGCCACAAAUUUGGCCCGUUGCUGCUACACGGUAAAGCCACAAAUUUGGCCCGUCGCUGCUACCGGGUUAAGUCAUGCCUGAUCAAAGUCUUGUACAAUAAAUAACACUGACUGGUGAAUAAAAUGUAAAAAUGGAGAAGGAGAGAACAUGAGUAGAAUGAGAAUGAGUAACCAUGGAAAACCAGGGCUGUUAUUAACCCGUCCACUGCGAUUGGCACAGAUUUGGCCUUCACUGGUAGCCUGGUAAGUUAGAUAUGAUUAUUAAGAAGUUAUGUUUCAAUUUUGCAUAUGCACCCAACUUCACCUAACCACAAGCUGACUCCAUUUUCAUCCACUCAUCCACAUUGACAAGCUCGCCGUCCUCCCAUCUUCCACAAGCUUGGGUGGAUGUAAGAUGGAGGAAAGAGAGAGUGGAAGAUGGCCAAACUAUUGUAUAACUCCACCUAACCGCACGCUAAAAAAGGAAGCUAUUAGUGGCCAAGUUAUUGUACUCAGCGCAUUGCAUAGAUGGUGUUGGUGCUGUCUUGUGUUUGUUAUGUUUUUUGUGUUUCAGGAAGUCAGGUUCACGAGGUUGUGUUGCUAGUAUGUCAGUCAGUCAGUGGGGUUCUUGUGUUGUGAGUCAGUAUUGGAAUCAUUGUGUUCAUCAACUAUAUGUCUGUCUAGCUAUUUUUUUUGUGUGUGUGUUUUGGUAAGUCAGGUUCAUGAGGUUGUGUUGCCAGUCAGUCAGUCAGUGUGUUUCUUGUGUUGUGCAUCAGUAUUGGAAUCAUUGUGUUCAUCUACUAUUUGUCUGUCUAGCUAUUUUUUUUGUGUGUGUUUCGGUAAGUCAGGUUCAUGCGGUUGUGUUGCCAGUAUGUCAGUCAGUCAGUCAGUGUGUUUCUUGUGUUGUGCAUCAGUAUUGGAAUCACUGUGUUCAUCAACUAUGUCUGUCUAGCUAUUUUUUUUGUGUUUCGGUAAGUCAGGUUGUGUUGCUAGUGUCAGUCAGUCAGUCAGCCUUGUGUGUUUCAUGUGUUGUGAGUCUGUAUUGAAAUCAUUGUGUUCACUUGUCUAUCUAUCUAUUUUUUGUGUUCCGGCAAGUCAGGUUCAUGAGGUUGUGUUGCUAGUGUCAGUCAGUCAGUCAGCCUUGUGUGUUUCAUGUGUUGUGAGUCUGUAUUGGAAUCAUCGUGUUCACUUGUCUAUCUAUCUAUUUUUUGUGUUCCGGUAAGUCAGGUUCAUGAGGUUGUGUUGCUAGUGUCAGUCAGUCAGUCAGCCUUGUGUGUUUCAUGUGUUGUGAGUCUGUAUUGGAAUCAUUGUGUUCACUUGUCUAUCUAUCUAUUUUUUGUGUUCCGGUAAGUCAGGUUCAUGAGGUUGUGUUGCUAGUGCGUCAGUCAGUCAGAAAGUCUUGCCAAUAUCUGUGUUUCUCAUGUUUUAAAGUCAGUAUCAAACUCACUCUGUUCACUAACUAUCUAUCUAUUUUUUGUGUUCCGGCAAGUCAGGUUCAUGAGGUUGUGUUGCUAGUGCGUCAGUCAGUCAGAAAGUCUUGCCAAUAUCUGUGUUUCUUGUGUUUUAAAGUCAGUAUCAAACUCACUCUGUUCACUAACUAUCUAUCUAUUUUUUGUGUUCCGGCAAGUCAGGUUCAUGAGGUUGUGUUGCUAGUGUGUCAGUCAGUCAGUCUUGUGUGUGUCUGUGUGUUUCUUGUGGUGUUGUGAAAGUAUUGAAAUAUCUAUGUAAAUCUAUGUCUGUAUCUACAUUUCUAUCUAUCUAUGUGCUUUGUCUGCAAGUAGUGAGGUAUUACAGGGUUGGUUGUGUCAGUAAGUCAGUCAGUCAGUAAGUCUUGUCUGUUGUGUUGUAAAGUCAGUCAUUUCACCCACUAUCUAUUUAUCUGUAUCUAUCCAUCUGUCUAUCUAUCUGUUUAUCUAUCUAUCUAUCUACGACCUUUGACCCCCAUUCCCUAAAACUCCUGCAGAAGGGAUUGGUCACAGCAGAAGUCUCCGUUUGAUCCUAUUCUUACUAUGUCCAUCCUUAUCUCUCUCUCUCUCUCUCUCUCUCUCUCUCUCUCUCUCUCUCUCUCUCUCUCUCAAGCAUCAUCUCAUCAUAAAGGAAGAUAAAAUGUGAGAGAGAGAGAUUUGCUUAUUUUCAUUUCUUCUUUCUUUUUUAUUUCUUAUUCCUUUCUUUAUUUUUUUCUCCUAUUCUUUCUUAUUUUUCUCUAUUGUACAUUUCUUACUAGUUUUGCAUUUCUUUCUUUUUGCAUCUCUCUCUCUCUCUCUCCCUCUAAGACAUACCACGGGUCAUUUUCUCCCGGUGGUUUCGUUCACCCUCGUAGUUUUUAAGCCCUUGCACCGAUGUAAUUAAAAUGUGUUGCAGUGACCCGCAGCAAUAAACCUUCUUAAAGAAAUAA